ACCGCGCUUUUCCCUCUUUUUUAUUUGUCGCGCCAGCUGACUGACGGCUUCGUUUAUCUUCUCCCGCGCGCAUAACCCGCUGCUCGCCAUUCUUAUCCGCCUGCCUGCCCGCCCUCCGCUACCUUUAUAGCUCUCGAGCUUCCCCUCCUCCGUUCCCUCACCCACGCCUUCCGCCUUCGUCCUGCAGCAGCCCGCAACCGUCGUCAGCUGAGAGCGUCGAGCCACGCCAUUCUAGCUAGCGUCCGUCCGUUCGCGUGAUCUGCGUUUGCUCGUCCGCCUGAUCUGAUCUCCCUGGGAAUGGAGGCCUACGUCGUGUUCGCGCGCGGCAAGGAGGCGACGAUCGGGUUCGAGCAGCAGGAGGAGGACAUCGGCUGCGCGUCGUCGAAGUCGUCCGCGGCGGGUUCUUUCGCCUCGUCGUCGGACGAGGUGGAGCUCGCCGACGACGCCAGCUCGUCGGGGUCGACCGGUGACCACUUCGAGAUGGCCUCCCUCAUGACGCAGCUCCCGAUCAAGAGGGGCCUGUCCAAGUUCUUCGACGGCAAGUCGCAGUCGUUCGCGUCGCUGGCGGCGGUCGCCGGCCUGGAGGACCUGCCCAAGCCGCCGGCGAAGCGCCUCAAGACGUCGCGGAGCUGCGGCGUCGGCCUCAAGGACGCGCACCGCGGCCGCCUCCCCGCCCCCGCGGCCGGCAAGAAGCAGGCGCGCCUGACGCCGUCGGCGCCGAGGAGACUAGUGCGGGCGCGGCCCCUCGUGGUGGCGAGGCCACCGGCGGCGGCGGCCGGGCAGCCCCUGUUAUUUGCCUAGGGGAUUCGCCCGCUCGCCUGCCCGUAGAAUCACAAAUUCUCAACACCGAAGCCGAAGCGAUCUGGUUGUUCUUUACUUUUCUUUUCUUUUCUUUUCUUCUUUAGUACGAAGCGCGGAUCCUGAAAAUGAAAGGGCCAGGGGUACUUGACAUUUGGCAACUAGUAGGCGUGUGUGGAUGCCUUUGCAUCUGUAAAUAUUUUGCAAGAGAUCUAACACGUUACAAAGGGGGUUUCUUCUGAAUUUGAUCUGGCUUGCAUCA